ACUCGGUGUUGGCAGCAAAUGGUAACAACGUCUUCAUCUCAUCUCUUUUUGCACGCCAACUAAUUACUUACUUACUUACUUUUAAAAUCAGCUUUUCAUUCCGCGUCUUACAUUUAAAACAUGAGCCAAGACAUAAAGCCGGAAGUUAGCAACACGCAGGAAGAAAUGUGCGAAUUCCAAAAGGUGAGAAAGUUGAUGGAGGAGCGACUAAAUGUUACUGCUGAAGAAAUAUUUGGAGUGUUGGAAAGAACCAUAGCAGAGUACGAGGAGGAACUUUCUAGGACAAAAGAGGAGAACAAACGUCUACAAGAACUACUGGAUGCUGUUUUCAAACCUCAAGUUGUGCUACACAGAGCAGACGUCCAGCGGGUGUCAGCGGGGAGUCAUGAAGAGAUUCCCUCAGGGCAGCAGGAGUGGCACACCAGUGUGGGACAGAAGGAGCUACAGGCCCCCUCCCACAUUAAAGAGGAGCAGCCCUGGGAGCAGCUUCAUGAUGAAGAUGAAGCUCAGUCCUUACAGCUUCAUCACAGUCAAAGUGAGGAGAACAGAGGGGCGGAGCUUGUAACUCAACACAUCACAGAAGCUGAUGGAGAGCAUUGUGAAGAUAUAAACUCACAACCAGACAGCCUCUUUGCUCCACUGUCAGACAUGGACCACAUGAUGUCAGACUCUUCUGAUCACAGUGACCACAUCCAAAAACCUUUGGAGAGUAAAAAUGACCCUGAAGGUGAUACGAGACAUCACACUAACAACAAACACUUUGACUGCUCUGAAUGUGGAAAAUCAUUUAAACAGAAGAGUAAUGUUACAGUACACAUGAGAAUACAUACUGGAGAAAAACCUUUUACUUGCUCUGUUUGUAAGAAGAGUUUCUCCAGAAAGCAAGACAUGCUAUCACACAUGAGAACACACACAGGUGAGAAACCUUUUAUUUGCUCCGUUUGUAAGAAGAGUUUCUCCAUUAAGCGUGUCAUGACCACACACAUGAGAACACACACAGGUGAGAACCCGUUUAGUUGCUCUGUUUGUAAGAAGAGUUUCUCCAGAAAGCAUGUCAUGACCACACACAUGAGAAUACACACUGGAGAGAAACCGUUUAGUUGCACUGUGUGUGUUAAAAGGUUCAGGUUAAAGCACCAUGUCAGUAAACACAAGUGUGUAACAGUCAUGGAAGCUGCAGGGAUUUAAAAACACUUAAACAGUGAUCGUGCUAAAUGUACUUUAAAAACACAGCAUGUUUAAUAUGAAUGUAUAUUUUAUGUUGUAUGUAGUGCUUCUCAUCUUUUAGUGUUAUAUGUUGGCCUGUAUUUAGUUUUUCAGUUGUGUGCAUUUAUUGAAUAGUAUACAUGUAGCUACUAUUUCAUUCUAUUUUCUCAUUGUUAAAGAGAGGAAAUCUUAUUAUUUUCAUUUGUUUAUUUUCACAAUUUUUUUCCAUUGCAUUUUAUUGAUGUUAUUAUCCAAUUAAAACUAUGAAUGAAAUAAUGGUUGACAAAAUUUGGACUCUGGUAGAUUAGCAGCAUUGUUACAUCAUGAAUGUUAACUACUGCAAAACAUCAACCAAAGAACAAAAAUGCUGAAGUUAGCAACACAUCACUGAACUUUAGAGCCAUCGCGAAUGGAGUUAUUUGUUUUUAUUGCUGCAUUUGUACUUAUUUCACCACACAUCUUCACUUUUAAUCCUGAAGUCUUCUUCAAAUAUAUUGGUGUAGGCUUCUGA